AAAUAGUUCCAACUGUGUCACCGACUCUCCCUCUUUCUCAGUCACUCACUCCUCAGUCUUCAGCAAAUGGACGGCAAACCAGAGGAGUCCGUACGGACGAAGAUGGAGUCGCUACGGAUGGCCUGCGAGAGUGAGAUUCCGAUCCACCAGCAGGAUUUGGAUGCCUUCGCGGCGUCGUUUCGGGACUCCCUGGCUUCCGCUCGCGCCACCGCACAAGAAACCCUCCGGUCCCAAGGUAAGUUAGGAGAGGCUAAAGCUAAUUUGAGGGAAGCUGAGGAUGAUUUGUUUAAAGCCCUAGCAGUGAAGACCCGUAAAGAGGCCAAGCGAAUGGCAUUGAUGGAGGCCAUUGAAGCUAGGAAAGCUAGGAUUGAAGUACUUAAGAGAACAGUGCAAGAUCAAAGGGCUAAGAGGGAUGAAUAUGCUGCAAUCCUUUCUCAGCAAUCUUUUGAGUCUGAAGAAAAUUGUAUCGGAGACGGAAAGGAUGAAAUAAAAGAGGCCAUCUCGUGGUAUAAUAGGGUUCUUGGUUUCUACAUUGAAGGCGGACAUGGUGUAAAAUUCACAUUCAAGAACAUUAGUUUGAAGAAUCCAGAUCAGGAAUUCUGUUUCACCGUUCGCCAUGCAAAUGAUACUUACACCUUGGUAGAUUGUGAUCCGUACUUGAACGAGACCAAAGAGAUGAUUCAUGAAUUGAACAGAACCAAUGAGUUAUUUAAAUUUGUCAGAGAUAUCAGAGUUAAGUUUCAAGAAGCCGCGGCUCAAGGAUUACCAACUGUUCUUCCUCAAGAUUCUUCCACAAUUUCUGGGUCUGCUCCAGUUUUGUCUGUCUCAACUGGGAGAAGUGAAUCUCUGGCUGAGAUCUAUGACCACCAAGUUCAAUAUGGAGAAGAAAAUAGACAUUUCAAGAAACCCAACCAUGGGAAGGGGAGUAAAGCAGUAAUUCAAUCUCCUGCCUCUGCAUUAUCUAUGCGUCGGUCUCCUCGUUUAAGGGUUAAGAAAUGAAGACGGAGGAGACACUGGAUGAGGUUGAUGUUCAUAAUUGGCAACCACAAAUGCUUGACGUGUAAGACAAGAAAAUUGAUUUCUGUGUUCAUAUAACUUAAGUAGACAGAAACAGCCCAACAUGACAGCACCACCUUGUUGCUGGGUUUGUUUCACUUGUGUUCUCUUCAGCGCCUUCAUUGAACUGAACAGCUAAUGGGUAAUGAAUAUGUAAGGCUUGUAAACCCAAAAACUGUUUCGCUGUUGUAAUCCCUAAAACUGUUUCGAUGUGUGUGUUUUUGCUCUUUGUAGUAGAGGCAUCGGCUAUGGGGAUGUAUCUUCGUUUCUCUUCUUCACAAUUUGUUCAUUUGUAGCUUCACUUUCACUUUUCAAGAGUGCCAUGAUAGAGGAUGUUUUCCGGUA